UUGAAGUUAAAUAUCAUUUGAAAUGCACAUGGUCUUUUCUAUAAUUCUAAACUCUGAUAAUGCAGUUUAUCAAUAUGAAGACAAUUGUUGGCAUGCAUGACUCAAGAAUAGAAUAAUUGUCAGGUUGUGUUUUAGCAUUGUAUCCUUUGUAAGGAUCCGUAGUAAAUGUGACCAUGAAAUUUAAUUUUUUUUAAUGAGGAUGAUAAUGUGUUUAUUUACCUUUCUGAAAUGGAACUGUCUGAUCUUUCAAUGAAAAUACUUCAUAGAUACUGAAAUCCCUUGGAAUGUAGAACUAUUAGCCCUGACAAUUUGGGCCCCUUCUUUAUGGGUUUGGGAAUAUGUGUGUAUAUGUUUUGUUUCCUCUGAACUUUCUAAUAGAACUUCCUGGGAAUUGAAUCUCUCCACCUGGAAUAUCAAGUUCUGCUGUCCUCAUUUCCAGUGAUGGUUUGCAAUGCAAAUUGUUGGGUUGGUAACACAUAGCACCAUAACCAUGGUAACCAAAUGAAGACAAGUUUGCUUUACUUCCUCAGCAAAGUACUUUCCAGCCCUGCAUUCAGACCUGAUGCUACUGCCAACAGUCAAGGGCAUUAAAGGAACAGCCAGAGGGUUCAUGGAAAUAAAAACACAACUGGACCCAUUGUAUUCAUUUCCCACACUCCUCCCCUUAGUCCAGAAUUUGUUACUAAAAACUUCUGCCAUUUCUAACUACUUUCUAACUGCUUUCUUGGAGGCAAGGGUAGAGAGAAUCACCAUGUAUCUUUAUCCCCAAUUUGACUAUAGAUUUUGGCAAGCAGACUAUCCUGGCUUUCUGUGUCUGACUUCGAAAUAGGAGCAGAUAGAAACCUGGUCACAGUUCUGUGGUCACAGGGACUUUUUUAGUGUUAGCAGCUGUGAUGCUCAAGGAGACAGGAAGGUGUCCAAAUAAAAACACUUUCUGAGAACAACUACAGCAAGCUACAAGGGCCACUUCUCUGCCGAAAUUCCUUUCCUCUGGUAUAGUAAUUCUUAUAAUUUGUUAGUUUGUUUCUCGCCUGUGGGGGAAGGGUAUUAGUCCUCUGUUCUCAUUUUCUCUCCAUUGGAAUGGAAGGGCAGCUGUGGCAUGUUCUGAAUCUUCUUUACCUGCAGGUAUGUGACCGGGUGCUUCCCAGGAAGAAAGACUAUUAGCAGUAAGUUUGCCGAAUUACUCCCUUACAAUGGCAGAGAGGUCACAUGGAUCCAGCAACUCCCCAGGAGGCCAAGAAAAGAGCAGGAGAGAGAUCCUGAGGUCCACCAAGAGGGCAUGGGCUUGCCUAGAUCAGCAGCUGCCACCUCGCUCUGAGGAGGAAAGCCAGGGUCUCACCAUCCCCCUGCUGGAAGAUACCAAACAAGCAAGUAUUCAGCAGUGGCUGGACUCUGGAUUCUUGGUCUCUGUAAAUGAAAACUUUCAGCAAGACAUCGACCACACUGUUUCUGUGCAUGAACAAGGGAUGGUGUGCAUGACCGUGACGGGCUACAUGAGAUCUCUGCAUCCGUUUUCAGAAACUCCCACCCUUUCUAGAGGGACCAGUUUCAACUCUUGCCAUUCUACUGCAAGUAUACCACAAAGCAUUCCUGAAUGGCUGGAAUUUUGGGAAAAAGAUCCAGUGGAGAUUCUCUUGGAUCUGGGGUUUGGUGCAGAUGAGCCAGACAUCUGCACUCAAAUCCCAGCCAGAUUUCUGGAUUGUGGCUCAGCAGCCAGAGGAAUCAACAACCAGGUUUUUCUUGAAGCUCAGAAGCAGCGAAUGGACAUUGAGAACCCGGACUUGUAUGGUCGUUUCCGACAACUAGAGAUCCUGGACCAUGUAGCCAAUGCCUUCUCAUCUUUGCUGAAUGAUGUUAACAUCCUGCAGAAUAAAGCUGAAGAGAAAUAUGGAGGGGGAAAUGUGCAAGGAACCUCAGUGAGUGAGGCCCAAGAACAUCGAAGAAGAACACGUGGACUUUUUAGGAGAGCUUCAAAGCAGAGUAUUGCGAAGGACUGCAGCUCAGAAGUGUCAGAGUCAUUGAAGAUAAGGGGCAAAUUUUCCAUUGCCUCUGCAAAAUCAGGAGAAUAUGGAGCAGAAUUAGCAGCUGUGACAAACAACCAUGACCAAAGUCAUUUGUGUCCUUCAGCAGAACACUCGUCUCUCCAAGCCUGUGAUGACUUGGUACCUUGUCAUUCUCCCCAAGCUCUUCUGGGCAAGCAAUGGCCUCACCCAUCCACGCUGGCCAAGAGGGCUCCUCCUUCCUAUAUGUCUGAGCGGUCAGUCAAGGACAGAACUCAGAAGGUGAACUCGAUCCAAGCUAACAAGCUCAAGAGCCUCUCUCAUCUUGCAGGCAAAGUACCAGACUCCUUUGAAAUGGAAGAGGUCCAGAGCUUUGAGGAAGAGACGGGUAAUCCUCUUGACAUGACUUCAGGAAUUGCAGGUGCCACAGUGAACAGAGAAAACAGCUGCCAGUCUGACAGCAGCGGGUUCCUGGAUGAACCACCAGAACCACUGCCCCUGCAGAUGCCUUCCUUGCCAAGCAGCCAGAGUCCUGCUGAGGAUGGCUGUAGACAGCCGAGGGAUCAGAGCCAGCAUGCAGUCUCACCCCAGGGCUGCCAACCAGAGUCAGAUGAGUCUGAUUACAAGGGUAUGGUGAGCACAUCCUUUCCAUAUCAAGGCUGGAGUCUCUUGGAAGAAAAGGCCUCGAUACAAAUGGCGGAGAAAGAGUCUCAGUUUGAGGACAUGGAGGAGCCACCACAGCCACUGACUCCGGACAGUGCCCUUCACAGGACCACCAGAGGGGGAGAGCCCUCGGGGAAAGGGAGCCACGUGAGGCAGCCCCCACCCAUGCCCCCAACUGAAUGUGAGACUGUGGUGGGCACAGUCACCUCCACAUGUGAUUGUCCUCUGAGGUUUAUGGCGACCCAUAUCGCAAAAAUGAAGGACGGGUUGCUGAAGCCUGAGGGGCCUGGGGAAACACAUGUGCAAAGCCACUGCUGCGAGUUCCAAAGAUCACCUGGAAUGGAACCUGCUCACAACAAGUUCCUCCAUGUUGACUCUGAGGCCCCAAACGAAGAAGAAGGCAGUAAAACUUAUUCUGACACCAACAGUAUCUUACCGAUGGGAGAAAGUCCACCACAGCACGAACCCAAGCCCAGUAACAUCGUGCCCUAUACAGUUGACCUCAUUCAAAUAUCCGAAAAGUCCAUUCCCCACCUAGGCAAACUGGCUGGAGAUACUCCCCAAGCAAAGCCAACAUUUAGUGCUUUGGGUCAAAUACCACCUAGGGCAGAAUCUGAGAUGGAAAACCUUCCUCCAAAUGCUGACUCAAACACUGUUAGCUCCAAGGCUGUGACCGUCCAGAUGUCCUCCAAUCUGGCAUCAGCUGCUCAGAAUGCUGUGGCUCUGGGGACUGAUUCUAAAGGAACAACUUUAGAAUGCACUCUGUGUGACCCUGUCCCCACAACAGAACCAGGACUGGAGACAGAAUCAAGGCAGUGCAGUGAUGUUUCCAUUCAGACCUAUAUACGUGAGCCUAGGCCCUGGCAUUGCUCUUUGGCCCCAAGUCUCACCAAAUCUGCCUCUCUAGACACAGGCUUCCCUCGUAUCUACCCAGCGGGCAUCAGCCAUGCCGUAUCCGCUCACUGCUGUGUCUGCUGUCAUCACUGUUCGCACUGCCACUCAGAGAGGCAGAGCCCCAACCCUGCGCCCUCAGCCUGUAGGCACUGCCCAUGCUUCCAUAAUCAUCUGGAGGCCCAGUUCAUGAAGACUUUGAACGUCCUUCAGGACACUACAGUGAGGGAGUUGUGUUCUUGCACAGUCAAGGAGAUGGAAGCCAUGAAGACGGUGUGCCAGUGUUUCCGGGAGCAUUUAGAGGAAAUUGAACGGCACCUUACAGGACAGCAGGCACUCUUUUACAGGGACAUGUCAGAGGAGGAAAGGGAAGAGGCAGAGCAACUGCAGACUCUACGCCAGGCCCUGCGGCAGCAGGUGGAGGAGCUGGAGUUUCAGUUAGGAGACCGGGCUCGGCAAAUCAAAGACGAGAUUCUAUUGUUUGAGCUUCUCACAGAGGAACAAUGGAAACACUAUACAAAUCUGCAUCACUGUAACUGGACAGAAGAAAACGAUGGCCAGACUUCGUGUGCUAAAAUCCACUCAGCCAUGGCCUCCCGGGUUGCCUUUCUUCUGGACGAAUACCAGCAGGUUCCCGGCUCAAGCGUGACCCAUACGGCUGCCUGUUCUCCACCCACCUGGAAGAGCAACACCAGGAUGUCUCCUCCAGCUCAGGCUGAGUCAGGUCCAGUCCCUUUGUCAAAUUGUCCUAUUGGAGAAAAGGAUACAAAUGACUUCCUCUAGAUCAGAGCCGUUUUGAUGACCUUCCUGCAAAACAUAAGAGCACAUUCUCACCAGACAAGGAAAUCUAAAUUUCCCCCCAAAAGGUGUCUAUCAAUUCUUCUUCAUCUAUUUUUGAAAACAUUCUACUCUGGGGGGCAGCUGGGGGGCUCAGUCGGUUAAGUGUCUGACUUUGGCUCAGGUCAUGAUCUUGGGGUUCAUGAGUUUUAGCCCAGCGUCGGUCUCUGUGCCGACAGCUCAGAGCCUGGAGCCUCCUUUGGAUUCUGUCUGUCUGUCUGUCUCUCUCUCUCUCUGACCCUCCCCUGCUCAUUCUCUGUUUUCUCUCAAAAAUGAAUGAACAUUAAAAAAAAAUUUUUUUUAAAUAUUCUACUCUGGGGAUGACUGGGUAGCUCAGUCAGUUAGGCCUCUGAGUCUUGAUCUCAGCUCAGGUCUUGAUCUCAGGGUCAUGAGUUCAAGCCCCGUAUUGGGGCAUGAAGCCUACUUAAAUAUACAUAUAUUCUACUGUUGUUGAACCCAGGAGAAACUCAAUAUUUCAAUAUUCAUUCAAUACAGAAUAAAUGAGCACCUACUGUGUUCCUGGCAGAGGGAAUACAUGGUAGCCAAGAUAUAUGUAUCUUGGUAGCCAAGAUGUUAGACAAAGAGAGAAAAUAACAAACGAGUAAGAUAAUUUCAAUAUUGACAAACGCCAUCGGAGAGGAUAGUGUGGGAACAACGUAGGGGGUGGUGUGGAAGAAAAGCAUAUGGCAUUCCUGAGGGUGACAAGGAAGACCUUGCUGACAGGAGGCUAUUUGACCAAGACCCAAAGAGUGAGGAAGAGGAAGCCAUGUGAAAUUCUGGGGAAAGAACCUUUAAAGCAGAAGGAAUGGGAACCUUAACGGCCCUGAGACAAAAACAGCCGGAGCCACUGAGCACACGAGUGAUGGGAGCACGGAGGGAGACGAAGUCCACGGGACCCAUUGUGCACCAGAGUCUGAGAGCAGAUCCUUCUUCCAUGUGGAAGCCAUUACAGGCUUUAAACAGGAUUGUCAUAUAGUCAGGGUUACAUCUAAAAAUCACGCGGACUGCCUGUGGAGAACACACCGCCGGGGACUUGCAGCUAGGCAGCACUUCCGGUCAUGACACCAUUGGUAUAAUCCCUGAGGUGAGAAAGUGUCAAGCUGCUUCCGUGCAGCUGGAGAGGUGUGUGAGGCCGCCAUCCCAGGGAAAUGCAGGAUGCAUUGGCAGGCUUGAAGUACUGAAGGAAUGCUAAGGAACAGGGAAUAAUCGAGGAAUGGAAUCGUCAGAAAAACCUCAUGGAAGAAGUAACCCCUUGAGAGAAGUUAUAAUUUGUACAAGACGGGCAAGUGGAGGUCACUUCCUAGCACAGAAACUAGGAGGCUAAUUCUUUUGAGACUACCCACUACCAGAAUGGGUUGCCUAGCCCUUCUCAUGCCUCAUCCUCCUUGCUUUUCAGAAACCUUUGGCUUCAGUAGACCUCUCCUACCCUCUGGACCAUCCCACAGUCUCUUCUUUCUCUCUCUCCACACCCACUUCCCCAAUAUACACACUCAGUCUGCAAACAUCUUUAGCUCCAGUUCCCGCCCUCUCUGGAAUUCCUAUCCAGCACUUUCUACUCUCUGUCAGAUAGUUUCACCCGGAAGACCUGCCUGUAUGUCUCACUCAGCAUCUAACACUUAUCCUGUUAUUUCCCGAAUCAGUUCAUCUUCCUGAUACUCUCUGUUGAUGGCAUCACUGUUCUCCUUGACAUGCAGACUCAGAACCACAAAUUCACGUUGUCGCCUCAUCCUCCUUCACUCUCUUCCCCCAGAAUCAAUGAACACAUCACUGCUGAGUUUACUGCCAUAAUGCCAUUCCCACAAGCCCCUUCAGAACCUGUUACCCGGUGAAGACCCAACAGAGGGGCCUCCUAACUGCCUCUAGCUUCCUUCCCUCGGAGCUAUACUGGCCUCUGCCAAAUUGGUCUCCCUCAUGCAUCACUUGGGUCAAAUUACACUGGCCCAGCAAGAACUUUUAGGAUAUCCUAGAGACUUAGAGAGAAGUCACAAGAUCAUACUUCCCAGAGCAGUCUUGCACCAAAAAAACUCUGUCUUUCCAUUAUUAUGCCCCUCUCCGUAUCUCCCGUUGCCUCAUUUCCCUUUAGUACAUCCCUGUUUGGGCUCCUACAUGAUGGUUCAGCUUCCAGCCCCAACUUGGCUCCUGUUAUAUUGCAUAUAUAUCCCCCUAAAUUGUCUUUUUCUAAAAUUGUUAAGCUUUUUCCUCUUUGUCUGGGUCAGACUCCAGGCUCCCUGGUUUAUCUUUAUUUCUCCAAUGUAGACUUUGGAAAGUUUGCUGUGGUUUCUGCCUGGAUAAUCAGCCAGAUGACUUCAGAUAUGAUGGAGGAGGAAAAGGAGACCUGUUGCCUUCAGAUGAAGGGUAGCAUAUGGAAACCCCAAGGAUCGCUAAACAUCUCAUGGCACUUCCUUACUUAGUCUCCUAACUUUCCAACAAAGAGCACAAACAGGGAACCAGGAUGUGGAGAGGCUGCUCAUCUCUCCAGAACCAUGACUGUCUUCAGCCCCCGAUGACCUGAUUGCCAAUGCUAUAUCUUCCAUAGCUCAUGCCCUUCCUCUCAUAGACAUGAGACCUCUGGAAACCCAGGCCACCUGGGGAUCUGUGGAUUACUGCUGGUGUCCACAGUGGUUCUCCAUCUUGAAUACCCUUUAAACUCACUGGGGAGCUUUAAAAAAUACUGACAUUGAAGCCCCACCCCAGAUCAAUUAAAUAAGAAUUCCCAGGGAUGGGAUCCAGGUAUCUACAAAUUUUUAAGGUUCUUCAGAUGAUUCUGAUUUGCAGUUAAAACUGAGAAUUGUUGUUCUAGACAGAGAGGCUACCUUACAAUUCAAUCUUUUCCUGCUGUUUUCUAAGGGCUCUUUGAUUUCCCCUUUUCCUUUCUAUACCACCCCUCUCUGCUAAAGAAGUCUUUCACAAUCCAUUUGGUUGCGACAGUCACUAAAUAACAAAAUUGGGAGAGAAAAGAAAGAAAAAAUGACAUGUGGACUUUAUUUCUGUUUUUACAGCAUUGACUUCUACCUUGCUCAUCAGUUUCAUCUUUAUUUAUAGAGAAGCAGUAAACAUGACUUUGUUCUGUUUUCCUUCCUUUCCCAAAAGUCCUAUUCCAAAUGUGAUGAAACAGAUUAAAUAUACAUAUUUGAUUAGGUAGGUCAGGGUAAGGAUUGUUUCCUCCAUCGAACACCUUCAUUCUCUUGCAGGAAACGUCUGUAUAAAGUAGCCAAUUACAAAAAGUAUGGAAAUUUCUUUUCAAUGUAUACAGUUGUUCCACCCAGAGGAUACAACGCAAACAUUCUAGGAAGGUGAGCAAUUAGGCAAUUUUCCUUUACAAUGUAAACAUUAAAAGUAAAUGUAAGGCUGGGUGUUUGAAUAUUAUUUAUAGCACCCGAAGAUACGAAGCAAGUCUCUCAAGGAUAGAAUCCACAACAAGUGCUCAAGUAACUCAAAAACCCUGACCUUAUGAUGUCACCUGUCUUUCAUUCUUCCACCUUCUCCAUAAAUAAACUUCAAAAAUUCAUGUGUAUAAGUACCGUGCGCUAACUGAAUGCACCACUGGAGCACUGGCUGUUGUAUGGAAACCAAUUUGACAAUAAAUUUCAUAUUUAAAAAAAUAAAUAAACGUUAAAAACAACAAGCAAAUUCAUGUGCAUAUCAUGGUAUUUAUAGCUGCUACAGUGCUUCACUCUGGUAUCAAUUUGCUCGACUUAAUACAUCAUAAAACAUUGUGGGUAUGGACAGGAUGUCAAAGUGUUUUCUGGAGUUACCCGGCAAAGAAAAUGCCUUCCACCUCGAAUCUUCGGGCAUACCUUGCUGGCCUAUGUCUUUAUUUCAGUGUGAUACACGAUGUCCCAUGCCAAGCCCUUACAUUACAAUCUCUUGUUCUCAAAAGUGGGUUCACAGCAAAACUGCUCAUUAGGCUUGGAAAACAUUUUUUUUUUCCUGAGAACCUAGCUUAAAGCUAAAUAAGAUUCCACUUUGGAGUCCAGAUGUAUUUUGACAAAUUUCAGACAUGCUUUUGUCUUGAGUUGAUUCCACAGAAAACAGAUGGAAAUUAAGAUUUGGUGGUUAUUAGCUGAUAUGAUCAAAGCGGAUAAAAUGGACUGACCAUGCAGGACGCCAUUUGUUUAUACAAAACUAGGAGUCUUUUGCGUGUGACAAACUUGAUCUCAUUUGAGUCUCACAGCGCUGAGGGGAGUAUUCCCCAUUUGAACAGUGAGGGAGUGAAGCUAUGGAGAGAUGGACCUACACACUGAGUCUUCUGCUUUAUCAUUAGUAGACAAUGGCAUGCUGGAGUUAGGGACUCAAGCUCUGGAGUUACAUCCAGGGUUUCAAGCUUACAUCCGACUCCACUACUUAUUUCUGUGUCAGGUAAACUACUGUAACCCCCUAAGCCGCAGUGUCACCAUCUAUAAAUUACCAGAAUUAAUGCAUACAUUAAUGCCCUUUAGAACAAGCCUGGAACAUGGUUCAGUAUGAUUCCAUACUGAGUCUGGCUCGGUAUGAUUAGGAUCCUGUUGAUAAUAAUGAGAAUAGAAGCAACUUUUUAAUAUCUACUCCAUGCAAGGUACUGGGCUAGAUAUUGUGUGUGUAUUUUCACUCAUCUUUACAACAAUCCUGAAAGAGGAGAAUGAACACAAGCUCACACACACACACACACACACACACACACACAUAUACUCAAGAAGGUUGUAAAUUGUCUAAGUUCCGGCAACUGGUAAGAGAUUGAGUUGACUCUCUGAUUCCCUGCUUUGCCAGUGAUUCCCCUUUGUGGCUUUGCCAAGGCUUGGGGCUUAUGUGGAGCUCACUGAUGGAUCCAAAUCAGCCAGAGUAGCCCUGCUUUUAACUACAUUUCAUAUUGGGUUUUAAUAGAGAUUUUCCUUUAAAAAAAAAAAAUCUCGUUACUACAGAAAAGUUUGAAAAGUACUGUACUAUGCUAAUCACCCAUGACUCAUACGGUCAGAUACAGGUUCUGAGUUGCUUUCAUACAGGGAAAUGACUGCCACCACACAGGAACCCUCAAGAACCUACCAUCCAAAAACUCUUAGCUUACUGCCACUUGCCCCACUGCCAGGAAUAAGGGCAAGAGGUCCUUUGCAGUCUCUGAAUGAUUUUCUGGGGAGUCUUUUUGUUCUGUCAUCAAGUCCCAAGAUCCUGAAUUCUCUUUCUUUGAAUGUUGACUGUAUUCAAGUUGACUAUAUUCAGGAAAACCCAGAUCACAUAUUUAAGAAACAGAGGAGAUCGUUGCAAAAAUAUUUAUAGGAACUUAAAAACAUAGCAAACUCUUGCAGCACCUGGGUGACUCAGUUGGCUAAGUGUCUGACGUAGGCUCAGGUCAUGAUCUCAAGGUUCGUGGGUUCAAACCCCACGUCAGGCUCUGUGCUGACAGCUCAGAGCCUGGACUCUGCUUCGGAUUCUGUGUCUCCCUCUCUUUCUGCCCCUCCCCUGCUCGCUCUCUCUCUCUUUCUCAGAAAUAAAUAAACAUUAAGAAAAAAAUUUUAAGAAACAUAGCACGCUUUUUAAUUUUGAAACCCAAGUCAGGGUUGGAGUCAUUUCAUUUCAUUUCAUUGGCAAAAAAGGAAAAGGUAAAACCAUACUACCAGAUUAUUUUCAAAUUUAGAAAUUGGCAAGAAAACAAUUUAACCUCUUCUAUAUCAAAGGACUGGAGUUGCUUCCCUGUAUUCAUUCUAUCCAGAUUCUAUUUCUGUAUUCAAGGCCAAAGCUUUGAAUAGAGAAGACUGGCUUGAGAAACAAUAUUGGUAACUCAAGUCACAUAUUUUCCUUGGUUUUGUUAUGCAUGAGUGAAGACCCAGGUUGCAAGGUGGAGACAAAAAAGAUAAAACCUUGAAGAUUGCUUCAAACCACAGCAUAUGCAUAGGCUAUGUAGUUUUGUCUAGGAAAGUACUUUUUUUUUGGUCCACAGGUAAACAUUUCCCACAAAAGUAUCCCAUUAGAUUUCAUUUAACAGAUUUUCCCUUAUAUGUGGAUUUUUGUCCACAGGACCAGAGUUAUUUUGUCUUCAAAAGGAAUAAUUCUGUUGAGAAAAAAAGAAGAUAGAAGACUUUCUCAUUAUGUGAAAACCUGGUCUAUUUUCUUUGGGUUUUUUCUUUGUUGAGAAAGUAAUCAGUUUCUGUGGCAUAACACUAGUCAAAUAAAAUGGGACAUUUGUGCAGAGGUUAAAGAUUAAAAGUAGCUUCCCUUUGAGAAGAAAAGCUUCAGAGUGUUUUAUUGUGGGUUGGUGGGUUGCAUAUCUAAUUUCAAAUUAUAAUUAAAAUAACAACAGCCAUACUUUGCAGGGAUUGUGGGUUAUUAAAAAUGAUGUCAAAUUACCUUUUUUGAAACUUGAGAGAAUAUGAACAGAAGCCAAAAUACAGAUGGCAUCUUUCUCUAACCAAACUCAGUCUCUAAUAGUCUAAUUUUAAAACAUUAGUUGGCCAGAGGCUUAGUAUGGGAUGUGCCCUCUCUGAAUCUGCCCUCAGUUAAGUAAAGGAAGAGCCCUCUGCAUCGAAGGUGGUUUCUUAUUUGAAUCCUUUUGGGGACUUUUCCCUUUGGGGGUACUUUAAGAGCUCAGGAAAAUGGAAAGGAAAAUGGAAGGGAAAGACAACAAUUCCUAAAUUACACCUACAUUUUCUUUAUUCCCAUUAUCCUUCAAUAAUUGCUUAUUUGUUGAUGACAAUGUACGUGAGUCACAGGACAUCUGCAUUUUUCUUUUUUAAAAUGUAAAGUAUUGGGGGCUAUUUUACAAGUGUGUAGUUUAGAAGAAUUAAGAAACAUAAUAGGUAUCCACAUAGUAGGUACCCUACAUGGACUCCAUCCUUAUCCAAAGUCUACAUGGCACUUAAUUGUUCACAUUCCCACCUUCCCCUGGACUUCAGAGUAAGUCUCUUUAAAAAAAAAUUUUUUAAUGUUUGUUUU